AGCGGAACACACCGGUCUCUUGGAGGGUGCUUCUCGCUAAGGUUAUCCAUCAUCAUCAACCAUGGCGUAUCAUUCGUUGGGUUUUUGCGGUUUUUGGGGACUGACGUUGGAUUCAGGCUUGAAGUACAACCAGAUUGUGGGGCGCUCAUUCCAUGUUACCAUGGCUGCACUCGACCUGGGAGUGGACUCUGAUUCGAAAGUAACAUUGAUGGCACACCGCACCAAACAUCAGGCGUCCAAUUCGGGCAGAAAAAACUUCAUCCUUGGCACCCUGAGCAAAAAAACUGGCAAAUUGCAGCAAGUGUUGGACCUCAAGUUUUUUAAUGGUGAGAAGAUUCGCCUGGCGCUUGUAGGAAAAGGGCGUGUGCACUUGACUGGCUUCCUCUUACCUAAACAAGGCAAAGCCAAGAAACCUGAUCCCAUCAUAGAGCACACAAAGGCUGAAUCCAAUCGCGAUUUUGAAAAGCGACUGAUAUUGAUAAUGAAGAAGCGAAAGCAGAUUCGGAAAAAUGCGAAAAAUGAGGCCAGGCAAAAGAAGCAGUCUUUGCAGUCCAUAGACGAUGAUACAGAUUCUAUCAAUUCUGUGGACAAGAAAAAGAGGGACAACCUGUUGCUCAGAUUAGCCGCAAUUAGGAAAAGGUGUUUAAAACCUGGGGCCAAAAAGUGGCAGGUUGAUAAUGGUGACUCUGAAAAUGAGGACAAGGACAAUGCGUCGUCAGGGGACGAGGAUCAGGAAAUGGAUAGCUCUGAAGAAAAUUAUGACAAGGAAUCGGAAAAUGAUUCUAAUGAAAGUGACGGUGAGGAUGAGGCCCAAACUGAGGACGAGGAGGAACCUCCCAAAAAGAAGCAGAAACCAAUCUCGCCUGUGUAGAUUGGCGAGUGUCUGCCAAAUGAGAAUUAAAUUUAAUUAUUCUUCCUCUUUUGACGAUGAAACCUUUGAUUUCUACUGAAGGAAGAAAGUAAUCCUGCCGAUAUCUUUAUUGCCUUUUGUCUCAAUGAU